AUGAACGACACAGAAUUUCAUAGAGCAACGUUAGCUGAGAAGGAAGUUAAUACAUUAAAGGAACAAUUGACAUCAACCGCAACAUCCAAAACACAAACAAACACCACAUUAUCAAAUUCAACAACAACGACCACAAUCACGCAAAACGGCACAUCACCACCUUCACCCUCCACCACUCCACUUUCGCUUCUAUCCGAUAAUAACGAUAAUCACAACACAAGCAACAAAUUGCUAAACAAUAACAGCAUCAAAAGCUGUCAUUUGGAUGACGAAAACAUGGACAAGAAGCUUAACGACGUAAACGAAAUGAUUGAUAACAAUCACGAAGAUGACGAUGACGUCAAAGAAGAAACUAAUCAUUGUACAAGCAACCGAUCGACACCCACAAGUGAAAAAGAAAAAAAUGUCGAAGACGACGAUAUGGUCGAUAAUGACGAUGAAAAUGCAACAGAAUCACAUGAUAAUGGUGAUCGCUGUAGCGUGAAGUCGGGAAAUGUAAAUAACAACAACAGUGUAAGCACUCGAACAAUGGCUGAGGAAUUAGCAUUAAAAGAUAAAGAGUCUACAGAUGUUACACAGAUAGAAGGAGAAAAAGUGCUUGUUGAUACUUCUAUCCAAUAG